UUUCGGUAAGAGCAGUUGAGUCUGUUGUCAGUGAUCGCUGUCACUCGGGACGUGUCACGAUGGCGGAAAAUAUGUCUCUACUGGGUCUCGAGGACGAGUUGACGUGCAGCAUCUGUUUAUGUCUAUUCGACAACCCGGUGAGUUUAAUCUGUGGACACAGUUUCUGCGCCAACUGUCUCGAAGCGACAUGGAACGACAGGAUAUCUUCUCUAUCCUGCCCUCAGUGCCGAAUGGUGUUCCCUAGCAAACCUGAAUUAAAGAAGAACACCGUCCUCAGCGCGGUGCUGGAAGCCUAUAGAAUAAAAGCUGGUGUCUCUGAACCCGUCAAGGAACAUUUUGAGGUGAAAAAGAAAGAUCCUGAUGCGAUCAAAUGUGACAACUGUAUGGAAGCCAAAGCGGUCAAAACUUGUCUGACAUGUAUGGCGUCUUACUGUGAGGAUCACGUCAGGCCUCACCGGGAGAAUGCCAUUUUUCGGGCGCAUCAACUUUCUGAUCCGCUGCCAGAUCUGAUGGAGCGUCUCUGUUCAAGCCAUGGCAAGCUGAUGGAGUUCUACUGCAAUCAGCACCAGAGUUGCAUUUGCAGUACCUGUCUGCAAGACAUGCAUAAAGGCUGUGAGUUUAUCACCGCAGAUGAGCGGCGCUUCAAACAAAAGACUGACCUGACUGACAAGCUCAACAUCCUUGAAGUCAAAACUGACAAGAAUCAGCAAGUUAUCACACAGAUGAAGGAGCAACAAGGCAAAUUAAAGGACCUAGCUGCAACCCGCAAACGUAUUCUUGAGGCAGAAUACAGGCAGAUCAGAGAAAUUAUUGACAGAGAUGAGAAAGAAGCCAUGCUUGCUAUCAAUAAAGAACAGGAGAAAGGUCAGAGCAAACUGGUCUCCUUGAUGAAGAAAUUUAAUGAGAACGUCGAGAAGAUGAAUAGGACCAAAUCUGAGAUCAACAGUCUGCUGGACCAGUCGCAGUCACUAGCAUUUUUAAAGGCCUCUGUGGAUUUGCCCUCGGUGGUAAAUUUUGAGCCCUAUAACCCUCGCAUGAGUGUGGAAAGUAAAGAGGUGAUAGGUUAUCAUUCCUCUGCAGUUGCACUGAAGGAGUGGAUCACCAAAUUAAUGGAGCAGCCAACAGAAAAUAGAAUCUUUCUGCUUAAACCAGAGUUUGAGAAAUCAGUUCUUGGUACAGGUCUAGUAAACCAAUUCCCAGGAAUCCCAAGUGAGAUUCCUGCCCUCCUGCCAAAUCCAAGAGACAUAUCACACAUAAGAUCUCCCAGUCCAGGCCGCGGCCCCAAAGCCAAGCCUUCAGGAGCUAAACAGAAAAAUUCCAACAAGGGUGCUAAUAAAGAUAAUAAAGAUCAGAAGGAUCACAAAGAACAUAAAGACCAGAGGCCAAACAAGUCUAGGAAUCCCUCUAAAGGACCAAAUCCAGUUUUCUCCAAAAGCAUGGAAAACUUGCUUGACAUCACACCUAGAACUGUAGACAUACCUGACAUAAAUUCACCUGCUAGUUCACUAGCUGUCCAAAACUGGGUUAAGAGAAGUGACCUUCUUAAAUAUGGCACUAUCCUCAAUUUUGAUGUCAGAACAGCUCACAAGCGGAUCUCCCUGUCUGAAAACAACACCAAAGCGACAGUCUCGGACAACCCAGCUCAUUAUCCAGAUAUUCCCCUUCGCUUUUCUGUCUGUUCCCAGGUGCUCUGCACAAAGGGUUUCUCUCAGGGCCGUCAUUAUUGGGAGAUCAAAAUGAGCAGUAACAACUUCUGCGGAUUGGGACUUGCAUAUGGAAGAAUUGACCGCAAGGGUCCCUCUAGCCGUCUGGGGCGUAAUGCAGAUUCCUGGUGUGUGGAGUGGUUUAAUGUGAAGCUUUCUGCAUGGCACAACAGCAUCGAGACGGUGUUGCAAAAUCCCAAUUCAAGCCGUGUGGGCAUCUUGCUGGACUGUGAUCAGGGAAGUGCAACAUUCUAUACUGUGCAGGACCGGGCAUACCCCUUUCACACAUUUGUCUUUCCUUUCACUGAGGCUGUGUAUCCAGCUUUCUGGAUCUUCUCAAAUGGUUCUUGUGUGUCUUUGUGCAAGCUCAGCAACUGAGAAUAUAUGAGUUGAACUGAUAUUAAUUUGUGUUUUGUUUAUCUUUGGAACACAAAUGAAGAUAUGUUUAAUAUUCUCUCAUCUUUUUGUCCAUGCAGUAAUAGUCACAACCAGAAUGUUCAAGUUUCAUGUUUUGUGAAAGCUUUAUGAAAUCUUUGAAGGAUUUUCAAUGGAUGGGCAAAAAUGAUUAUGGUAUAUUAAAAUAUCUUCAAAGAAUAUUCAUUUGUGACCCUGGACCACAAAACCAGUCCUAAGAAGCAGAGGUAUAUUUGUAGCAAUAGUCAAAAAUACAUUGUAUGGGCCAAAAUUAUAGAUUUUUCUUUUAUGCCCAAAAUCAUUAGGAAAUUAAGUAAAGAUUAUGUUCCAUUAAGAUACUUUGUACAUUUCUUACCGGAAAUAUAUCAAAAUAUAAUUUUUUAUUUUUUUGCACCCUCAGAUUCCAGAUAUUAAAAUAGGCUACUCGACCAAAUAUUGUCCUGUCAUAACAAACCAUACAUCAAUGGAAAGCUUAUUUAUUCAGCUUUCAUGAUGUAUAGAUCUCAGGUUCAAAAAACUGACACUUAAGACUGGUUUUGUGGUCCAUGGUCAUAUUUAUGGGGUUUAAUCAAGCCAGGUUUGAUGCAUGUAAUCUUUUUAACACCAAUUUAGGUCUGUUGUGAUUGUACAGAAUGCAUAAAGUAGUCUUUUAAUCUAUCUUAAUCUAUUUAAUAAAUGUCUAAAGUAAUGUUGACCAAAAAAAAAAAAAUAGAUUGACGGACAGAUGAUAUUUAAAGGCUAAUCCAGUCCAACUUUCAUUAAAUAAUAAACCUCAACAAAGUCAAGGGGUUUGUAUUGCAUUUGCAGUAAGGACUGUUAUCCUAUUAUAUGGCUACUUACCAAAUAAAAGGAAAUUAAAUGUUGAUUUAGACCAGAGGUAGACAACGUCAGUCCUGGAUUACCGAUAUCCUGCUGAGUUUAGCUCCAACCCCUAAUAAAACACACCUGAACAAGCUAAUCAAGGUCUUCAGGGUUAUUAGGGCUGAGACAGGUGAGUUUUUCUCAGGGUUGGAGCUAAACUCUGCAGGAUAUCGGCACUCCAGGACCGACGUUGCCUACCCCUAGUUUAGACUUAAAUUAUUUAGGUGAGAAGAACAAGACUGGAAAGUGAAACAAGAUAUACAGGCACAGCUAUGCUGAAAAUUUUUCAAUUGAAAAUAGCGCAAGAAAACAGUCAAUUUAAUAGUUUAGUGGUCAUUUUGCAAAAAUAUUUGACUUUGAAUGAUUGCUACGACUGACCAAAAUCAAGAGCUGUGUAGUAAAUGGUAUUGUGUCACUGAUCCAGAAAGGGAGAAAUUCAGUGUACUGUACAUAUGUGGUUUGCAAAUGUGAGAUGUUAUAUACGCUUAAUUUGUUCUCUGAAUUCUGUUAUUUUUCCAGAUGUUAGUUGUGAGUUGGUUUAAGUGUUUAACUUCAUCACAUGAUCAUGCUUGACAUUUGUUGGUUUUAUCACAUGAGCAAAGUCCAUUAGCAGUGAGGUACAGUUGUCUUGGUACCUGAUCAAAGUGUCCUGGCUGAGUGCAGUCAGUUUUUAAGCAUGUGCAUUUCUGUCAAACCAACAAGUGUUAAAUGUGUGUUAAAAAUGAAACAUUCAGCACAAGUAGCCAUGUGUUAUUUGUAAAUCAAACCGUUAUUACAAAUAUAAAAUGUUGUGUGGUCAUUCUAUCAGCUGAAUAGAUAUUGGGAAACACUUAGAUAACAAAAUAAUUGUCUGUAAUAGUCUGUUUAAAUCAAAUACAGUUGACAUUUAUAUUAAUAUAGCUCUCCAUGUAUGAGUAAAAGUAGUCCAUUUCCUUUAAUACUAACAUAUUUAAAAUGUGACUUUUUUUCUUCCUAAAACAAAAUAAAAACAGGCCCACUUUGCACUAAGGAAAUGCCAUAUCAAUCUAAACAUAUAGCUCAGAAAGUUUAAUAGUAAGGAAGUAUUAUUUAAAAAAUCUACAUGAAAAUAUUUUACAUUUUUGAUUACAAUGAUAGCAAUGAAUUACACCAAUAAUGAUACCAAAAAGCAUGACAUGACAAUAUAAAUAUAAUACUGUUAUCUAAAUGUAUUAUUCUUUCUCUCUCAUCUUCUGUUGUAUUUACAUUUGUGACACUGUUAUGGGGUGACUUAUUCUUGUUUCUUUAAUGGUGAUUGUUAAUUUGUGCAGCUCAUAUUGUUUUCAGUGCUGAACAAUAAAAAUUUCAAAAAAUAAUAAAAAAAUAAACCAAG